GUAAUCCACGUUUUGGCGGUGAUUUUCACAUAGAACACACACAAACAAAAGAUCAAAACCCUCGUCGGUGUUGCUUGCUUUCCCAAAACAAAUUCAUCACCGAAACAUUAAUUUUGGGUAUUUUUCCUUUUUGGGUGCAUUUGAGUUGAUCAAGUUUCUGCAAUGCAAACCGUCGAUGAUGCACAAUCUCCAAAUUCAGGCGAACAUGAUGCCAAUUCUUCUGCCAUACGAAGAAACAUCAAAUUAGAGGACGAUGUUAAUCCUCAAGGAAGAAGAUCGAUCGGUGAUUCCCGGAUAAUGGUGAGUUUUAAGUCGACAUCUUCGUUGUUUACUCCGGCGGAGGUCGGUUUCGUUGAAACAGUUAGCGCCGGCGAGGAAGAAAAGAUUCCGGCAACAAAACCGAAGCUGAAUAACAUAAGUUCCGAGGAUCUUCAGUCGGUGAUCGGCAAUCCAAAUUGCAAUAAAAAAUCAACAAGAGUUCAAAGAAAUUGGGAGAAGGCAGAUAGGGGAAAGUUCUUCCCUACGCUGUCUUACCAUGAAAUUGAGCAGGAUUUUAUCUAUAUCACUGGGAAGAAGCCACCGGGAAAUCCCAUGAAGCGACCUAGGGUUUCGCAGAAUCAACUCAAUGCUAUCUUUCCAUGCCACUGCUUAGCGGAAGUUCAUGCUGAUCACUACAAAAAGAAAGACGAUUGAAAGCUAUGAAAAAUCCUGUG